CUGUCUCGUUACAACGAGUGCCGUGCUUCCCCGAAAAUUUCCACUGACAAUCUCGGCCGAAAGUUCAAAAAUGCUGGAAUCAUUAAAAGCAUGCCAAAAAUGCGGAAGCGAAGGGGUUGACGCGGCGCGGGCACGCUUUUGAUCGGGCGGCGCUUUUCCUUGAAAAUUCGCGAUUUUCGAGCAACGAGCAGCGGAUACUAGUCAAGUAUAUUAAUCGUGGGCAAUAGACAACGCGGGAAAAUGCUCUACCUCGAGGAUUACGUUGAAAUGAUCGAGCAUCUUCCACAAGAGCUGAGGGAUCGAUUUACCGAAAUGAGGGAGAUGGAUCUAGGUGUACAAAAUUCAAUGGACAGCUUGGAAAAGAAGGUAAAGACGUUCUUCUCCAAUGCCAAGAAGAUGAAGCCCAGUGAAAAAGAGGCGGAGUACGAGGCUAUUAAAGGAGAAUACUACAAGACUCUGGACGAUGCUGACGAGAAAAUACAUUUAGCCAAUCAAAUGUACGACUUGGUGGACAGGUAUUUGAGAAGGCUCGAUCAGGAAUUGCACAAGUUCAAGAUGGAGCUCGAGGCAGACAAUAAGGGCAUCACUGAGAUCCUGGAGAAGAGGUCCCUGGAGUUGGAUCAGCCACCUACAAAUAGUAGUCAAAAGGAGAACCGUUACAGUUUCACCCCGAGCAGAACGCGAGACAAUCACAGUCACUCUCGGUCGGAGAAACGGAGAGACUCCAACGCGUCUUCCACGUCGACCGAGAAGAGGCUGGCGGUUGAGAAACUGCCCGCGACCACGAGCUUACCGGAAUCGCGGCCGGCGUCGGCCAAUUCCGCGCCUAUUGUCGCGACAAGCAACGUUGCACCGGCACCGACGGCGAUCGCCAAUUCCGUGGGCUCGGUUUGCUACAACCUCGGCCACAUCGGUGCUGGUAGUAACGCUAUCGCCGCAGCGGCGUCGCAAGCGAUCGCGGCUACGCAGUCCAUGCAGCAGGGCAGACGCUCGGCCAGUCUGAAAGCCAGCUACGAGGCGAUCAACACUGGCGGCGUGCAUGCCGCGGAAUUCAGCAGAGAGCUGGCCGGCGCGGCGCAAACCGCCAUCGCCGCGAUCCAGGAGACCACGAAGAAGCACAAGAAGAAGGUGACGGCGACUGUGCCAAGCUCGAGCGUAAUCGCGACGACGGUCCAGCAGCCUGUAUCGCCACUGGUGGUGACGUCGACGCAAGUAGUCGAUCCGGAUAAUCCAGAAUGGACGUACGAUCCUAACGAGCCACGAUAUUGCAUAUGCAAUCAAGUAUCCUACGGCGAUAUGGUUGCCUGUGAUAACUCAGACUGCCCUUUCGAAUGGUUUCAUUAUCCGUGCGUGGGUAUCACUGCGCCACCCAAGGGUAAAUGGUAUUGCCCGCAGUGUACGUCCUCGAUGAAGAGACGCGGCGGACGGAAGAACUGAUUAGGAAAGAGGCAGAUGUCGAAGAACCACAUUGACCAUGCUGAAAAAGCAUCGUUACUACCUCUUAACCACUGUCCGUCGUAUAACGUCGCCUUAGUUAGGAAGUCGUUAUUAACUCUGAUUUUCUAUGAUUUUCUCAAUGUGUUGAUUCGCGUCGUUAUCUCGGGAGAAAGAGAGAGAGAUUUUCAGCCUUUUUCUCUUCGUAAUUAUUAAGUAUACGGUAAAAGGGCGAUGUCUCUUUACGAACACGACGUGUCUAACGGAUAUAUAUCGAAUCGAUAAAUUUCGUAAACAUCUUAUGUGUUCCCCUGUUAUCUUGGAGCGAAAGGAAGUAUUCCAGGGCUUCUGGGAAUAAAAGGUGAAUGCAAGGUUGUUUAGCAACUUCGAUGAAGUUGAGAUCGUCUGUUUCUUGUCAAGAAAGUAGAUUUAAGCGUACAGUUAUUUAAUGUCGAAUAUUUUCCGACAUAUUAGAAUGUAAAUAAGUAACGAACUCCGUUUUUUUAAGUAAUUUUAGAUGGGUCUUAGUUUAAUAGAAAACUUAAUUUCAAAUUUAAAAAAUCAAAUUUGAAUGUUGGACGACAUUCAAGGUUUACGUAGCGGUAAAGAUUAAGAAGUGUUUUUUUUUUUUUACAAUGGAGGAACAAACUUGGAAUUUCUUCAACGAUGUGAUUUUCGAGAUCAAUGUGUAUAAUUCUGAAAAUAUUAAUUUUGAAAACGGAACUUUGUAGCAAAUUGGUGUAAAAAUAAAAUGAAGCAUGCAGAGACGAAAGUUACUA